CAUAGGUCCGGGAGUCACAGCAGCCGCGGGCGGGACGUGCAGGAGGCCCUGCCGCAGGUUAUUUGUGACCACGUCCGGCCGCUUUGUGGCAAUAGCGCUCCCGGGUGGUGUGUGCAUAGACAGCCUGGUCCUGACAUGAGCCACUGGCUUCUAUGGAGUUUCGGCUAAUGUGGCGGCUAUGGGCUUAGGAGACCUGGACCACCAUGGCGGAGAGAAGGGAGGCGGGUCGUGCUAGAGAGGUUUUGGAGACCAGUCUGGCGGCCAUCGGAUGCCUAAUUUGUUAUGUGUUAGUUAGUCCCAGACACCGAGAAUUGACAGACUCCUGCCCAGGAAUAUUUUUCCUUUAAUGAAAGGUUCCUGACUGGCACCGACUAAUGACCUGCUCCUGGACCUGUUUGUCCAGGCAGACCCCUCAUCUCAGAGACCGUAAAAGGAUGGGUCCUUCUUUGUUUUGCAAACUGACUACAGUACCCAGUGGAGAGAACCUUCAAGAGUCCUCCUGUGUUAGACCGAAAACGUAUGUGCAGGAACCAGAGUAUAGGACACAUAUUGUUCAGUGUCUUCAUGAGGAGCAGAAGACUUUUGUGGAUCCUAAGUCCACGGAGCUUGCAAACGUCAUCAGUUCCCUCCAGGACAUGGGUUUUGAUGAAGCCCACAUUAACAGCUUGCUCAAUAUACAGCCAAGCGUCCAUCCUCAACAGCUGCUGGACAUAAUUUCAGAAUUUCUACUCUUGGGAUUGCACCCAGAACCUUUAUUUAUGGCUUUGAAGAAAAGUCCACAGUUACUGAAACUGUCUCCAUUGCAAAUGAAGAAGCGGUCCAGUUACCUGCGGAAGCUUGGCCUUGGAGAAGGGAAACUGAAGAGAGUGCUGCACAGUUGCCCUGAGGUUUUCACCAUGCGCCAGCGGGACAUUGAUGGUGUUGUGAGGGUCCUCAAGGAGAGGUGCAUGUUCACAGCACAGCAAAUCACUGAGCUUUUACACAGGUGCCCAGGCGUUCUUCAGGCGGACCCCAGUGAACUAGAGUACAAAUUCCAGUAUGCAUAUUUUAGGAUGGGACUUAAGCAUCUGGACAUAGUCAAGAAUGAUUUCUUACAGUAUUCAAUAACCAAGAUCAAGCAGAGACACAUGUACCUGGAACGCCUUGGACGGUACCAAACCCCUGAUAAGAAGGGACAGACACAGAUCCCUAACCCUUUACUGAAGGACAUUCUCAGGGUUUCUGAAGCUGAGUUUUUGGCCAGGACAGCACGUUCCUCUGCCGAGGAGUUUGAGGUUUUUAAAAAGCUCUUGGAUAGAGAAGAAGAGGAAUCUGAGAGCCAUGCAUCGGAGGAAGAGGAGGAGGAGGAGGAAGAUGAAGAGCAGCUGUGAUGGAGGAUGGGACAAAAGGGUCCAGAGAUGCCGGAGAUCAUUCCCGUAUUCUCAAAGCUUUGGGGCGAUCACCUGGAUCUUCGAGCAUUUUUUAAUACUAACACUGGUCAUUUGAUAGAAAAAAAAAGAAACUGUUAUGAUCCACUGUAGAUGUAGGUACAUCAAACCAAAUAGGAGAUGCUUUGUUGCAGUCUAGUGGCUUCUUUGGAGGCCCACUACAUCCUAAAUAAAGGACUCAGCUGUUAAAAUCCAGGGGAUGCCACCCAUCCAAGUUUGGUAUCUUUUUCUCUGUUGAAAUACGUUGGUGUUAAUUCUGAAAUCGUGUAGAGAAAGAGGUGCUUUCCGGCUCAAGAGUCGCUACGUGUUUCCUUGUGGUAGUAAAGGUAAAAUCAUGAGAAUGUAACAUGAGGGUAGUAUGUCAUAGCACUUUAUUUUAUGAAAACAA